UUUCCACUAUUUAGGUGACAACAACACAUGUCUGUCGCCCGGAGCUGCCACGCCGCUUUUGUGAUGAUUCUCCGGUUACACCCACAUAUCAGCCCACGGGCUCGGCCAAUCAGCGAGCGCCAAUUUGCUCAAGCCCAGUUCCUUCCCCCUAGAUACAACAAUGGCGACUCCAUGCUAGAACGUUGCAUUUUCAGCUCCGACCGGCGUUUGUGUUUUCCAACGUUUACAAGCGACAUUUAUCUCAUAUUCACCCACGUCAACAUCAAUUGGUCGAACAAACGACAGGAUGAAUUCUAAAACGGUGCUGUCUGUCUUAUUUCUCCUGAACUGGACAUCCUGGAUCGUCGGGCAGGAGAUCGAUGAUCAGCAGUGUGGUGGGGAAUUUUACACCGACAACUAUGACACGAUCUCGUCCCCGGGAUUCCCUGAUCCAUACACCCCUGGGGACGACUGUAUCUGGCACCUCAAGGUCCCAGAAGGUCACGUGGUCAAACUGACGUUUGCAUACCUGGGAACCGAUCCCUGGCCCCUUGCUCCGCAGAACUGUGCCCGGCACUACGUGGAGGUGUUCGACACACCUGACCGUGGGGGAGAUCUUCUCGGCCGUUACUGCGGAAACAUCAUCCCUCCCGUGGUCCUGUCCACCGGAAACGCCAUGUCGGUCAGGUUCAUCACCAGCAGGUGGUCCACCAACAUCCAGGGCUUCCACGGCUUCAAGGCCAAGUUCGCGAGCGUGCCGGAAGGAAGCAUUGUUGAGAGCGGUUGCCGCAGUCCGCGGAAGAUCACGGACCCCACCGGAACUCUGACGUCAAUCCACUUCCCGUCGGACUAUGAAGACAUCGUGUGUAAGUGGGAGGUUAUGGUGGAGCCCGGGCAGAACAUCACUCUCAAGCUGCGCAGCUUCCAUGUUGGAGGAAUUUUCCCACUGAAGCCACUGUGUGACGCUGAAACUGGCAGACUCACUGUCCACGAUGGAGUUGGCAGUGACAAGAAUCAUCUGGUGUCAAUCUGCGGCAGAAUGUCCGAUGAGGAGACGUACUCUGUGACCACAGCGACCAAUCAGAUGACAGUUGAAUUCAGGGCGGGAAACACCGGACCGUUCAAGGGCUUCUUCGCGACGUACCAAUCCUCAGGUUAUCAAGUACUGCCCGGCGUUACUGAAGCUCAGGUCACAGGAAGCGCACAUGCCCUACGGGCGCACUUCCCAUGGUGCCUUUCGUGUCUCUUCGCCGCGGCCAUCUUGUUGCUGCGCAUCAACUUAUAAAUGACGUCAUCUGUACAUAAACGUAUUCACUUAUGGCUAGCCGUGGUUGAUAUUUGUACAUCUCAGCAAACAUAAAAGAGUAGAGACAGAUUACAUGGGCAUCUUUAAACUAUUGUCAUACAGAGAAACUCUGAUGUGAUUGUAAUUUUCAUUGUGCUGGCUCUACAAUAGAAGUGACAGUGGUGGCCAUUAAGUAUCACAUUGAGCGUUUCUCAACACAAACGAAAUAAUGUACAUAUGUAUAUACAAGAAAAGCUUGUAACGUCAUCUCUAUAAUUGGGAUCGGCCCUGAUUUGAACGGCUCAAUUUGGAGAAAAGGCGGUUGACAUUUUUGGUAGAACAUUCAGCAACCAACAGCAAGAAAUAAAUGAAAGAAGAAUACGCCAUCUCUUGUAUAUAAUUAUAAAAGAGGAGUUGCUAUGUAACCCAGCAAUUUGCAGUGAGUGUCAAAACUGCUCAGUUUUUUAACUUUGCUGUUAUUUCGUUACGUUGUUUGUACAAAUGUGUGAACAGAAUAUAUCAUGUAAAUAGCUACAAUGAUUUAUGAUACUUGUAGAUGCGGAUUUAAAAAAAAAUAGUGUUCAAGCGUGUGAGGUACUUCACCAAUAUCGCAUUUCCCAGAGAAACUCCCAGGCUUUACCAAAUGUGUCAUUUAAUUUGUACUAUUGCUUGUUGAAUAUGACAAGUUGAAAUUCUUAGCACAAGCACACGGUGGCGGUGUGGCACAACAUUGUGAGCAGGCCAAAGAACUCUUUUUCAAUGACUUUCUUAUUAAUCAAAUAUUAACUCUUUGCAGGUUUUUGAGCGACAAUUUUCAAAGACUUUUCUCCUGACCAUGUCCUCUUAACUGGCUAUAAUGUAAUUUUGUACAUAUAUCUAUUGUUUGUUACACUGCCUAAGAUCAAUCAUGUCUAUUGUAAAAAGCGGAUUGUUGCCUUGAAUCAAGCAGGUUAACCUAAUUGCUUUGGUUUGGCGAUUUUCAACUUAUCCAUUGUUUUGGACAGUGAUUGUGUGUGAAUUUUUCAAGGGGAGGGAAGUUCAUGUAUCAUAUGAAUAAGGAAAAUGGUUCGAAAUGGCGGAUGGAUAUCAAUGUUAUGAACUGCGAUGAUUGUAAAUCAUUUGUACAUUUAAAAGAAAAAGACGAUUGUUGAUGGUGCUGUUGUCGUAUGUUUUAUUUCGGGCAAAUAAAAUUGCGUUGUUUUCUA